AUGUCGAGUUAUUUUGUUUCUGGACUCAGUCAUGGCUCGUCAUCUUCAUCCCCCAUAUCUCCUCCCCAGCAAACUCAGCGCUCGACGGUGCUGUCCAAUCGUCUCACGUCCGUGCUGUCGGCGUCAUACGCCGACUCCGACAUCCGCGAUGCGCUGGAGACCCUGAGCUUACGGGGAAUCCACAACACGGCCGAGACAAGACGCCAAUUGCGACUCGAUGUGCAGAAAGAGGUCAUUGAAAGCAACGCCGAAAUUGUCCGAGAUUUUGGGGUUGUAGCAGAACAAUUGAAACGCAUCGGAAGCGUCAUUUCCGCCCUCAAUCAGACAUGCGAUGAAAUGCGGAAACAUAUUGGACAGGCCAAGCAAGAGACAGCACCCGUGCUGGAGGAGGCGACAGCGUUGAUGGAACAAAAACAAAGCACCGAGACAAAGCAGAAGUUGCUGGAUGCCUUUUCUAAACACUUUCUUGUCCCUGAAGAUGACCUCAUGGUACUGACGGCAAGUGAUCAGCCCAUCGAUGACCGGUUUUUCGAUAUCCUAGCACGCGUCAAACAAGUCCACCAUGAUUGUGAGCUUCUUCUUGGCGGCGAGAACCAGCGGCUGGGCCUAGAAAUUAUGGAACUGAGCACCAGACACUUGAACUCUGCCUACCAGAAACUGUAUCGGUGGAUUCAAAAAGAAUUCCAGUCUCUAAAUCUGGAAGAUCCUCGAAUUAGCAGCUCCAUUCGUCGAGCGCUACGCGUGCUAGCGGAGAAGCCGAGUUUAUUCCACAGCUGUCUGGAUUUCUUCGCAGAGGCGCGUGACUACGUCUUGUCGGAUUCGUUCCACUACGCAUUGACGGAUGCGAUCUCUGGCGCCACUGCGGGUGGUGCUGGAGGUGACAGAAGCGUGAAACCGAUCGAGUUUUCAGCGCAUGACCCGCUACGAUAUGUCGGUGAUAUGCUCGCUUGGGUGCAUUCCACGACAGUGUCAGAGAGGGAGGCCCUGGAAGCUCUCUUUGUUGCCGAUGGAGAGGAGCUUGCUCGAGGAAUCCAGGCUGGUCUGAGCAGUGAGCCGUGGGCACGCAUUGAUGAGGACGAGGAGGAAGUGACGUUCGAUGGGCGGAAAGCUCUCAGCGACUUGGUCAAUCGUGAUCUGGUUGGUGUCGCUCGGUCACUUCGACAAAGGGUUGAGCUAGUGAUCCAAGGUCACGAUGAUCCUGUCACUUGUUACAAGGUGGUCAACCUACUUGCCUUUUACCGUACCACGUUUUCCAAAUUGAUUGGCCCUCAGUCGAGUCUGGUUGAAUUGAUGCAGGCACUGGAGACUUUUACGUUCAAUCAUUUUGAACAGCUGAUGCGUGAUCUGGCAAGUGCGCUAUCUGCAGAUCAGGCUGCGCUUGUUCCUCCAGAUGAUCUGUCGCCUCCGGAAUUCCUUCUCGAUGCUCUCGAGAGCCUUCUUUCUCUCAUCAAGUCAUAUGAAACAUCAGUAGACUUGGAAGAGCUGUCAGAUUCCGAUGGCGAGGAGAACAGGUUCACGCCGGUGCUUCGCGUUGCGUUUGAUCCGUUCUUGACGCUCGCUCGCUCCUCCUCAAAUAAGCUGAAGGAUCCCACGGCGCAGACCAUCUACCAGACCAAUAUCCUCCUCGCGGCCCGCGCGGCAAUUCAGCCAUUUGGUUUUGCUAGCACCACGCACAAUGCGCCGCUUUCGUCGGCACUUUCCACGCUUCGUACAAAUCUACUUGACAUUCAGCAUCGGUUCCUUCUCGAAAUGUCUGGAUUAGAAACUCUUCUCAAGGCCCUGGAGCCGUUCUCCCAAAAAUCCAAUGAGGAGAUGCAGAUGGAGAAGAAUUUGCCUGGGCAGCCUGAAAAGCAGAAAUUCCAACUCGCAGACUUGACCAAACUUGCCGCUUUCCAACCGGAGGCCCUGGUUGCAUCUAGUCAACAACUUGACGAUUUCCUUCCCUCGGCUUUGAUGGAUGCUACUGACCACCUCAAGCGCAUCCAAAGUGCAUCGCUGGUUCAAAGCGUAACCGAGGAUGCUGUCGAGGCGUUCUGCCGCGAUUUCGAAUUCGUCGAAGGCAUGAUCAUCGCCGCUGAUGAAGCUCGGGGAGCGACCCAUCUAAGUCUUGGCACCGGCGGGAGCAUGAUCAGUGGUCGCAGCGGAAGGUCAUCACGAAGACCAGGUGCAGGUGGCGAAGAGAACGGCGACGCCAGGGACGACCAGUGGAGCUUACGGGCAUUGUUCCCCCGAACCACAGGAGAGAUUCGUGUACUACUAAGCUGA